AUGAUGUUCGGCGGCGUAGUGCCGGGUCAGAAGUUCACGAUGGACAAGCACAUUCACUGCCGAACGAAGUUCGAGAAAGGUCAGCGAGGAGACGAGGACUUUUACACCUGGCAGGCUGCCACGAAGCUGAAGCAGGCCACCGAGAUUGCCGUGAUCUGUCAGAAGGGCCAAAAGUCUGCUUCGGAUCCAACCCCCAACCAGGACAACUUCUUCGUGCACCACGUGGGGGCAAUAACAAUGUACGGUGUUUGUGACGGCCACGGCCCCUUCGGUCACCUCGUGUCUUUCCGACUUGUGCAGACCAUUCCGUAUUUCCUGACGAAGAGUGAGCACUUCGCCAAGAACUGGGAACUGGCACUCCAGGAGGCGUUUGCCAAAGCACAGGAAGACUUGGAGAACUUUUGCCGUGAGCAGAACAUCAACAUCGAAGCCUCCGGAGCGGCGGGCUCCUGCCUGGUGCUGGAGGAACAGACGGUUCACAUUGCUUUCAUCGGCGAUGCACGGAUCAUGCUCGGGUCAUGGAAUCGCCGGGACUCGCGCAUGAUCUUCUGUACCAAGGACCACAAACCUGAGCUUCCCGAAGAGAAGGCACGGUUGGAGGCCGAAGGAAGCGAAGUGAGGGAGGUAGAUGAGGGCAGCUGGCGGAUCUACUUGAAAGGCUCCAACUUCCCGGGACUCACGAUGUCCCGUGCGUUUGGAGACACGGCCUGCGCUGGCAUUUCCCGCGAUCCAGAGUACCACAAGUUCUUGAUGCAGCCGAACGACCAGUGGUAUGCCAUUGUGGCAUCUGAUGGCAUCUGGGAGUUCAUAGAAGGCGAGGAAUGCUGCAGCCUCACUUCCAAGAAGCUUCGGCUGAAGGGUCCAAGAGAAACAGUUGAGUUCAUCACGACAGCCAGCCGCAAGCGAUGGGCCCAUGUUUGUGGCGACUACUGUGACGACAUCACAGCUGUCCUGAUUCAGUGGAACACCACGCCGCCAGAGGGAGGCACCAACAAUCACAUGAUGAGCGUGCGCCAAUUCCAGCCACCAUCGUCGUAA